AUGGAGGGCUUUGCACAAUUUAAAGACAUUCCUAGUCAUACAUCUGGAGGAACAUCAAAUGAAGGAAAUCAACAUACGCCUACACAGCCAAUUCCUGGAAAUUCUCCCAUCAACUUGGACAUGGAUAUAGAUGAGUUAAUUGCAGUUUACUGUAUAAGGAAUUGGUUGCAGAUGGAUAAUGCAUUGGGUGCAACAAAUGUUAAUGUAGAGAAUUUUGAUUUGGAAUUGGAUUGGAAACCAAGAAAAGGAAUGGAGUUUGAUUCUGAACAAGCAGCUUAUGACUUCUACAAUAGAUAUGGAGGAAAAGAGGGGUUUAGUAUUAGAAGGGAGAGUCAUGCUAAGAAUAAGAAAACUGGUGAAAUCACUUCAAGAGUAUUUGUUUGUUGUAAGGAAGGUAUUCGAUCCAAAGAUAAGAGGGAUUACAUGAUUAGAAAAUCCAGAGCAGAGACACGAACAGGUUGCCAUGCUGAACUUUGUAUUAAAUUGAAUAGGAAGAACAAUAAGUUCUUUAUUACCCAUUUUGUUGAAGAGCACAAUCAUCCUCUUGUGGUGAAAGAAUGUUCCCACAUGCUUCCUUCGCAAUGGAAAGUACAAGACUGUCAAGGCACUGAUAUAGACUUAGCACACGAUUCUGGAAUUGGUGUCACGUCUCUAUAUGAGUUGAUGGGUAAGCAAGCAGGUGGAAGAGAUGCUGUUGGGUAUACAAAACAAGAUGUGAAAAAUUACCUUAGAUCAAAGAGACAAAGAAGCUUGGAGUAUGGAGAAGCUGGAUAUAUUAUGAAAUAUUUUUCAGACCAAACAUUGGAAAACCCUUCAUUCUACCAUGCUAUGCAAUUAGACAGUGAGGAGCAAAUAACAAACUUAUUUUGGGCAGAUGCUAAAAUGAUCAUUGAUUAUGGCCAAUUUGGGGAUGUUGUUAGUUUUGAUACGACAUACAAGAUUAACAAAUCUAAUCGACCUCUUGCUGUGUUCGUUGGAUUCAAUCACCACCGUGAGACUAUUAUAUUUGGGGUGGCUUUAAUGUAUGAUGAAACAGCAGAUUCAUUUAUAUGGUUGUUUGAGACUUUUUUUAGGGCAAUGUCUGGAAAGGCUCCAAAGACAAUAUUUACAGAUCAAGAUGCUGCAAUGGCAAAGGCUCUUCGACAUGUUAUGCCAGAUGCAUAUCAUAGGCUUUGCAAAUGGCAUAUGAUGCAAAAUGCCAUAAAGCAUGGGAGUAGUUUUUGGACAGAGGAUGGUGGAAUCACAAGUAUUUUGUCAAGGUUCAUGGAAAAUAUUGAGGAGGAAGAUGAGUUUAUAUCUGCUUGGGAUGCUAUGCUUGAUAAAUAUGGUGCGCGUGACAAUACUUGGUUGAGUAGCAUAUAUGAUUUAAGACAAAAGUGGGGCUUUCCGUAUGUUAAGCGAGCAUGGUCAGCUGGAAUAAGAAGCACUCAAUUGAGUGAGAGUUUUAACUCUGCCUUGAAAAAAUAUUUAGACUCUGACCACAAUCUGUCAGAGUUUUUUACACACUAUGAGAGGAUGGUUGCUAAUAAAAGGUACAAGGAGUUACAAGCAGAAUAUGAUAUGUGCUUCAGGUUGCCUAUUCUGAAAAUGCAUGUCAAAAUGCUAUAUGAAGCAAGAGAAGUUUACACUAAACAAAUAUUUGAAGAGUUUCAAGAUCAAUUUGAAUCGUCUCUUGAAGCUUCUAUAACAGAUUGUGUUGAUGUUGAUGGUGGAAAGAUAUAUACUGUGAUUAGAGAUGGCUACACUAGAGAACGGCAAGUGAAGAGAGAUAGUGAUGAUAUACUCUCUUGUAGUUGCAGAUUAUUUGAGAUGAAAGGGGUUGUAUAUAUGUAG